UUUGGCGCUAGAGGAAGGGCCUCAUCAUGUUCUGAGGUUAACUUUCGCUGUUAAAGCCAUUUUCGCGCUUGAAGUCGCCAUGUCACAGUCUGGUCGAGACCAUACAAUUCACCCUGGCCAGAGCCAAUCGACUAAUCAUUCUCCGCGGCGUUCAACCCCGCCCCCUCCGGUCACGAACAUCACGAACUUUCUUCAAAACCCGGAGUUUAUUCAAGGUUUAACCUCUUUGAUAGCUCGAGCCAUGCCCAGUAACUCGAAUACGGUACCAUUAUCAAUGCCGUUAACUACCAAUCCAACAGAACACCCAAAUCAUACUCGUCAUGACCCCGAAACGCAUGCGGCGACAUCCCAUGCUACGUCACAACCUCACCAUACUUCUCCACAUCGAGAAGAGUUAACUCGUAUAACUGCUAACCCAAUAACAAACAAUCAAGCCCCGGAGGAGCCCCCUGUACAAGAAAUGACUGCUGAAAGUCACUCUGCUCAUCAUCAGCGAAUUCCGUCACGUCCUAGACUUACUUCACCAGUGCCUCAUGGUCGUGAAGAUUUGCGGCGCCAGAUUGAACGGAAUCGUAUUUCAAGACAUAGUGCGGAAGAAAUUGAAACUCUUCGUAAACGCUUGGCUGAACUCGAGACUCGACAGAAGUCGCAGGAAGACUCUCCCCGACAUGUCUCGACGUCGGGAAAUGUCAUUAUUGAAGCUGAUUCCCCUUUAGCUCCGGAACUUACCGUGGAGGCACUCCCAGCUAAGGUAAAAAUCCCACAAAUUGGCAUGUAUGAUGGAACAUCGGAUCCGGAUGCACACUUGGGCCAUUAUACGUCUUGGAUGGAUUUGCAUGGUGCCUCAGAUGCUUUGAGAUGUCGAAUGUUUUCGCUUACACUGGGGCCACGAGCACAAAAAUGGUACUAUACUCUCCCACCUCAUUCAAUUUGGAAGUGGCAACAGUUACGUGCGGCCUUCCAAUCGCACUUUAUCGGAGCUCAAAUUUGUCUCAUCCCGAAAGAAUCAAUUACUAACAUCGUGCAAAAGAACGACGAGACUGUUAAGGACUACGUAUCUCGGUUCAACGACCGAAUUCAAAACAUGGAGCCUUGUCACCCAGAGACCCUGUUAGUAACUGCAAUCGCUGGACUAAAGCCCAACUCGAUGUUUCGUUGGACCUUGUGCCAAAACAAACCGGCCACCUUCCAAGAAUUUCUUGUACGACCUCAACAGUUUAUUAUUGCCGAGGAAUCGAUGUUGGUUCCUAGUUUCGACUUCUCGCAUGAGGACAUGAAAGGAAUUGACCCGCAGAAAGCGUGUCACCGCUUGAAUUUGGACAAAACCGUCAAGCCUGUUAUUCAGAAACGUCGGAAAUUCGGCCCAGAUCGCCAGAAGGCCCUUGAAGAAGAAGUAAACAAACUCAUAGACAAUAAGUUCGUCAAAGAAGCCAAGUACCCGACGUGGAUAUCAAAUCCUGUCUUGGUUAAGAAAGCCACCGGCCUUUGGCGUCUGUGCAUAGAUUUCUCUGAUUUGAACCAAGCAUGCCCGAAAGAUAGCUAUCCAAUUCCACACAUUGAUUACAUGGUAGAUGCUACAUCGGGACACCAACUCAUGAGUUUCUUGGAUGCCUAUUCCGGCUAUAAUCAAAUUCCCAUGCACCCUGAUGAUGCUGAACAUACAUCGUUCUACUCAACCCGAGGUCUUUAUUGCUACGUCAUGAUGACUUUUGGAUUGAAGAAUGCAGGGGCCACAUACCAAAGGUUGGUCAAUAAGAUGUUUGCUCGUUUGAUCGGUCACACGAUGGAAGUUUACGUGGACGACGUGUUAGUAAAAUCGGAACAGGCCUCUGAUCACAUCGCCCAUCUUUCCGAGGUCUUUGACAUUCUCCGAGAGUAUUCUAUGGUGCUUAAUCCUAAGAAGUGUACUUUUGGAGUUGGAUCAGGGAAGUUUUUAGGAUACAUGGUGAGUCAGAGAGGGAUCGAAGCCAAUCCUGCCAAGAUUCAAGCCAUACUUGACUUGGCUCCCCUGACAUCUAUUAAGGGUGUCCAAGCUUUAACUGGUCGACUGGCAGCUCUAAAUUGGUUCAUUUCAAAGUCGACAUAUCAUUGCAACCCGUUCUUUGACGCUAUCAAAAAGAAGAAGCCGUUCGAAUGGACCGUAGAAUGUCAGAAUGCUUUUGACAACAUCAAAGAAGUUCUUUCAUGGUUACCGACGUUGCAGAAACCACUUCCUGAUGAACCUCUGUACUUGUACCUGGGUGUAAGUGACGUUGCUAUUAGUGCUGUUCUUAUACGACAAGAUGGGCCUCAACAGUUCCCGAUAUAUUACGUUAGCAAGGCCUUACAUGACGCUGAAUUGCGAUAUCUAUAUAUGGAGAAGUUAGCCUUUGCUCUGAUCAUCGCUGCACGGAAGCUGCGCCCAUAUUUUCUGGAACAUUCAAUU